UUAAGCUUCUUAGACCGGGUUAGGUCUGUGAGCUUGUUCUCUUCCUCGAGCGAUCUCCCAGUGGUCCCCCGUCCGACGAAAGACCUGGUCUUCAAAACUUUUCUUUGAGCUUUUCUCGCUCAUGGAUAUCUGCAAUGAGCACUCGUCGCUUCCAUCUGCUAGAUGGCCCAAUGUCUGCCGCUUUGAAGUCUUUCUCAGUUUCAGAGGAGAACUUCGGGGGGACUUCGUUGAAUUUCUCUACAAAGGCCUCGCUGAUUCAGGGAUCAAUGCAUUUAUCGAUCGCGAUGGGAUCGAGAUCGGAGAAGAGAUCAUGCUUAAGAUCUUACGAGUGAUCAGGCACUCGGAGAUAUGCAUUCCCAUCUUCUCCAAAGAUUUCGCUUCCAGCAAGAGUUGUCUGAAGGAGGUGGCGGAAAUGGUGGAGCGCAACAGGAUAAUCAUGCCCAUUUUCUACGACGUCAGCCCUUCAGUAGUCGGCAAACAGGAGGAGAGUUAUCAGCAGUCCUUUUGCACCCAUGCGGCCCUGGGGGAGAUGUCAGCGACUAUAGACAACUGGAAGAAGGCACUGCACACUGUUUCAGGAAUGCGAGGAUGGGAAUUGGAGAAAUUUAAUUACGGGGAGCAUGAACUUAUAAACGAGGUUGUUUCCACGGUCGGCCGGCUGUUGAGGAAGGAUGACUUAGAUGCGACAGUACAUUUAGUGGGAAUGGAUCAACCUGUGCAAGAGGUGAUGAAAAAACUGGAUGUUCGCUAUGAAAAUGGAGAAGUAAUUGAAGAGCAAACGCUGACGGGAAAACGUGUGGUUGAGAUAUCGGGCCUUCCAGGAAUUGGUAAGUCGACUCUUGCCACGGUUGUCUACAACAAAAUCCAUCAUCUCUUCGAAGGUAAGAGCUUCCUUAAAGAGGUUGAGCAAAAGAGACUCCCGUCUCUCCAAGAAGAUUUAGUUAGUGCCCUCCAAAAGAAAAGAUGUACACUCAGAUCUUCUACUCAAGGUACCGAAUUUAUCAAGUACAAAUUUAGAGAUCUGCAAGUUCUCAUUAUCCUUGAUGAUGUUAGUGAUUUUGAACAAAUCAAUUCACUAGCCGGAGAUCUAAGUUGGUUCGGUCCAGGAAGCAGGAUCAUCGUGAUCUCUACGAGAAACAAUCUUGUCGACAAGUAUAGUCAGGUGCAUGUGACCUCCAGAAGCAGCAGUAUUGUUAACGGUUGUGAUGACAUCCUCGUUGAAAAAUACGAGCUAAAGGAAAUGAAUAAUGAUCAUGCUUUUCAACUAUUCUGUAAAUAUGCUUUUAGAGGAAAACCUCUUCAAGAGGAAUUCUCCUCUUUGGCGUGGGACAUUAGUUUGGCUGCUGGAGGAAUCCCUUUUGUUAUUGAGAUUGUUGGUUCAUUUUUACAUGGAAAGAUCAUAGAGUUUUGGAAGGAGGCAUUGGGUAGAUUGAACCGAGAGCCUUACAAUGAGGAAGUAAAACGAAUUCUGAAGAGAAGAUAUGAAGAUUUAGAUAGAUAUGCCCGAGAGAUAUUUCUCGAUAUAGCUUGUUUUUUCGUGGAAAAGGACAAGACAAUACCCAUUUACAUGUGGGAAGCUUGCAAAUAUGAUCCUUAUAGAGGAAUCGACGAGCUUCGUAGCAUGUCUUUGGUAAAAACCAGAGAAAAUAAUGAAUUGUGGAUGCAUAAUCAGCUAAAAGUCUUUGGGAGGGAGAUUGUCAAGGAAAAAAAUCCAAGUGAACCUUUCAAGUGGAGCAGGCUAUGGAAUCAGGAGGAUAUUGAACUAGUAUUGAAUGAAAUGAAGGUAAAUUUUGAAGACAAGGAAGUCCACGAUUGGCAGGUCGCUACGGUUGAAGCCCUCAGUGCCACAUUCGACAACCCCCAUUCAUUCGCUAAACCUAGAUUUUUCCGUAAAUUCUCAAAUCUUAGGUAUCUAAAAAUGAGCCACGUUAUUAUUAAAGGAAAUAAUCAGAGUGCAAAGAACUCCAGAGAGAAUCUUUUCCUUCCACGAUUAAAGUGGCUUGAAUGGCAAUGGUGUCACAAUAUCUCCAGUCUACUUGCUUUAGAUCUGUCAGACUUGGUCGUUCUUGAUCUGUCGUGGAGUAACUCCACAACUUGGCAGUGCUGGAGACAAAUUAUGAAGAAGGCGGAAAACUUGAAAGUUUUGAUCCUAAAACAUUGUAGUUGGCUAGCCGAAUCUCCAGUUUCCAAUGCACCUGUAAGUUUAGAGAGACUAAACCUGGAACAUUGUUCUCCAUUGCCGGUUGUUGGCAGAUCCAUUAGAAAUCUAAGGAACUUAGUUUCUCUGAAUAUCAAGUUCUGCAGCCGCGUGCAAGAGUUGCCAGAAGAUAUAGGUUACUUGGAAGAUCUGAAAGAGCUUUACAUCGAUGGAACUUCCAUUAGAGCCAUUGAUUUCCCCGAGGGUUCGUAUGGGAAGCUUGAAAUUCUGAGUGCUUGUGACUGUAAAUCCUUGUCUCUACCCGAUUCCAUUGGUAACUUGAAAUCUCUUUUGUGCCUAGCUUUGGACGACACUAAACUCAGUGAGCUCCCUGAUUCUAUUGGCUUGCUGGAGAAUCUUCAGAAGCUAUCUCUGAGUAACUGUAGGAACUUGUGGAAACUGCCAGGUUCCAUCGGAAACCUCAAAGAGCUGCAAGUCAUGGAUCUUUCAGACACGUUAGUCAAAGAACUACCUCUAUCUGUCCAGGAUUUGAGAAACUUGAAAGUACUAAGGAUGGCUCGCACUUUUAUAAGAGAAUUUCCUGGAGGCAUUAAGGAUCUAGAGAGGUUAGAAGAGAUAGAUUUCUCGGGCUGUAGAAGUUUGGAAGGGAAAUGCGAAAUCACGGGAUUAUCGUCUUUACGGGUCUUACUUUUGGAAAAGACGGAUAUUUCUCAGCUGAUUGUGAUAGAUUUUCAAUGCUCUAAUCUCCAAAACCUCCGACUGGAUGCCGGUGUUCCCAUCUCGAAAAUUAAAACUACUAAAGGAGAAUAGCAUUGGUUUAACAGAUGUUAGACUAAGACACAGCUAUAGCUUGACAGACGUCGCGGACCAUGAGCGAGAAAGUCAGCGGUCAUGUCAAAUUUCUAACUGAUCAAGCAUGUCAACCGAUCGUCCUGCAGUAAGGGCCAUUAGAGGCAUAAUUGAAUACGGAGUUUCGCUUCUAUUCUGAAUUGUCAGUUUACAUUCUUCUUUCUUUCUUUCUUUUUGGCCAUCAAACUCGCACUUUUUAUUGUCUUGUAUGUAUGUCAAUUUCCUGCGCGCGUACAUGUUAGUUUGGAUUU